AUGAUUAUCUAUGAAGGUCUAAGAGCUUGCAAUGACCAGCUAUUGGAACUGGAGGCACCUCAAAAUCAGGGCUCCAAUGCACAAGAGCAAACAAAUGUUACAGAAGUUUGGAGCCCUCCAAAUAGAAACAGACUCAAAUUCAACUGUGAUGGAGCCUAUAAGCAAAAUCAAAAUACAGCUUUAGUAGGGUUCCUCAUUAGAGAUCAUAAAGGGGUAGUGGAAGAAAGAACAAAAUCUAUCCCUGCAUUAUCUAGCUUACACCCAGAAGCACUAUCAAUCCGGGAAGCAUUUCUGAUGGCAGUUGCAGGAAAAAGGAGCAACUGUGGAAGGUGA